CUUGCGGCGAGCAUCUUCACUUUCGACUUUUUGCAUUUCUGGACCAAACACGUCUUCCGUCAUCGCCGCGCGAAGGGCAAACCGUUGACUCACUGCAUUCGGCGAGAGAAGUUGCCAACCGCAGCCAAACAAGCUAGUUAACCCCGGAAACGAAAGGACAGCCAACGGAACAACACACCCUGCACCCCCGAUAUGGAUUACCAAGGCCCGACGGCGGCUGUGAGAGCGACAGUAGCAGCAGCACCAGCAGUACCCGCCGCCUCCGUCGGAUCAUCAAGGCUGGCUCAGAUGCAGAUGCGGUUCCAGCAGCGUCAGCAGCAAGAACGUGACCAGCGAAAGAUAGAACAGAUUGCAACGCGAACUACGGCAUCGACGACGACAGCGAUUGCAGCUUCCUCGUCCAACGGUCGCAUAAUCUCAACGACAACGAACGUAACGACGGCGGCCACGACGACGACGACUGCCAACAGCAGCGCGACAUCCGGCGGCGGUGCGGUCGCUGAGCUCGCCGACCGCCUCAACGCGACCACACUCUCGUCCAGUCUGGGCGCGGGCAAGGUACGCCAGAUGUUCGACGACCGCCGGCACGGACGUGUGGCCGGCAUUGACAAGAGCUACCCGCUGCAACCGAUCCAGACGAAAACGGGAACGGCCACGGGAGCAACGACGGCAGCGGCGGGCAUCACCAAUGGCAACCACUCGACCGGUGGCGGCGGCGGCGGCAGUAACAACAACAACGCCCCCAGUGGUGACGGUGCGAGGGACGGUUCCCUGGGACGGAGCGUCGUGACCAAGGGAGCCACGGGCCUGAACAACAAACCACGUGUCCCACCGAUCUCGGCCACCAGCCGCAACCGCUUGGUGCAGCAGCAAACCAAUCGGGCACAUAGCCUGCGUCAGGACGUCGUCAGUGGGAUGCAGCAGCAGAGCACGCGCAGCACCAGUAACGCUGGGGAGACCACCACCGACCACGGUGGCUUCGAUGACAACGAUAAUUUUCUCGAACUGGAAAAGCACCCAGACAUUGCGUUUGAUCUGGACGGCGACUCGGUUCAUGCUGCAGCCAACCACGUGAACAACAACGUCGUCGGGGACUAUUCGCACUCCAGCAGUGCUGCAAGAAUGGCAACGAACGUGAACAGUUUGAAGCUUAAGCCGGUACCGGGCCGAUCUGCGGCGUCGACGACUGCAACGCCAGCACGAAAUUCGUCGCUCAAAAAGCAGGCGUCGUCGAUUACGUCCAGCAUCACAUCGACCGCAACAUUACCACGCUCCGUUAAUGGAUCCGCCAAACUCGGCACCCAACGCGCACCUCCAGGCUCCAAAUCAAACGGUCCAUCGCGUGGUGUUUCCCAGGCCAGUCCCGCCAGCUCGGCCGGUUCGUUGCGCCGAAUUUCUUCGACCCCCGCGCCAAUGCACGCCACCACCCCUUCACAUCACAACGACGAUCUCGUACCGGAUGGGCUGACCCGCUGUGAAAUCUGCAGCCGCAACUUUGCCGACGACCGCAUCGAAAAGCAUCGACAAAUCUGCCAGAAAACAAAGGCCAAAAAGCGCAAGGUGUUCGACGUCACCAAACACCGGGUCCAGGGCACGGACGCGGAAUCAUACGUGCUGGUGAAAGGUGGCAAGAAAGGUGCCACCGGACCGCCGCGGAAGCAGUCUAGUCAGCUGAAUGGUACAGGCGGAACACAGGCGGGAACCGACGCCGGUAAGCAGAGCGGUUGGCGCAAGAAGCACGAAGAAUUCAUUGCCACGAUCCGGGCGGCCAAGGAACUGAAGGCGCACCUGGCUAAGGGUGGCAAGCUGUCCGACUUGCCACCGCCGCCGCCGUCCGAAAACCCGGACUACGUCCAGUGUCCGCACUGCUCGCGUCGUUUCAAUCAGACUGCCGCCGACCGCCACAUUCCGAAGUGUGCCACGAUGCUGCACAACAAACCGAAACCUAAACCGAAGGCUGCGGCAUCGCCACUCCGACGAUACUGAAUGUUCCCGAACAAGAAACGGGACCCCAACGUGCGGGGGGCCGUGUUUGUUUUUCCUAUCCGUCUAUUUUAUGAACGCUUUUUUUAACGCAACUUUACAAUUAAUGCCUUUUUCGCGACACGUUCUUCUGGGGGUCCCGGCGCAGGAGCUGACCCUGAAGCGUGGUGUUCGCUUCGGACAUAACAUAGUAUUCGGCUCGGAAUCGUGGUACGGGAUCGUUUCGUGUGCCGUCGAACGUUAAAUCUCAGCUCAGAAAUCGAGAACAAAACCGAAAAACACGAACCUGAAAGCUGGUAAAAACAUUCGCGAGAAGACAGCAGAGACGUAAAAUGGAACGAAAUCGAGAUAUGGCUGUGUAGCGGACACGAACGAUGUUCAAAUUGGUGUACUUGCGCAAAUUAAUAAA